AUGCGGGAGUGGGGGUGUGUGGUAGAGGUGAUUUUGAAGUUCAUAUCACCAUUGGAGAGGUGUUGUGUGGGAGAGUUCUUGAGGCAGUGGUACAGCGAGCAGCGGGGCGACUACCACCUGUUCAACCACGUGUGGGAGCAGCACCGCCUCAACCAGGUGGCGCGCUGGCCGCACUGGCGGGGGCGGGUGCUCAUGGUGCCGUUCCGCGAGCUCACAGGGCCUGAUGGGGCCAUGGUGCGCCACCUGUGGGGGGGAGUGGCAAGCGAGGAGCGGGACAGGGUGGUGUAUGCGGCGCUGGAGGAGGCACUGGGCCGCCUGCAGUGA